UUUUUUUUUUUUUUUUGACGGUUAAACUGGUUAAUCGUAGAAUUUAAUCAAGGAUCACAUACAAUUCUCCAAAAUUCUAAACCAUGAGCACAACAAAAGUAUUGAAAAAUUUAAACAUAGUUUUAGAUUUAAGUUUACCGCCAAAUAAUAAUCCCAUAAAACUUACAAUAACAGUUAAAAAAGGUCAAUUAUUAUUAGAUGUAGUAAGACAAUUUAUGAUGGAAAAUAAUAUACCAUGUUAUUUAGAAUUAUCAAUCUUAUCUACUAUUGAAGCAUUAAUUUUGGAAAGUUUGCGUAAAGAUAUGGAAAUAGAUGCUAAAGUUAAAAAUGAAUCAGAAGCGGACCAAAUUAGAUCAGAACUUGUAGCAAAAUAUCAAAAACAUACAGUUCGUUUUAAUGAUGCUCCAGCUGAAGAUAUAUUUCCUAAAGCAUAUCAUACAUUAGUUCAUUCACCAGUACCAUCAAUUUUUGAUACUUUUGUACAAUUGGAGUAUAAUUAUAAACAAGCGCUAAAAGAUUUUAUUAGUAAAAGAGAAAAGAAGAUAUCAGAUAUUAGUGAACAACAUUUAAAAGAGGUUGAAUCUAUGGCAGAAUCCAAUAAUAGAUUAGAUGAUGGUGUAAUGGAAAGACAAAUUGAGGAAGUUGAAUUUCUUAAGGUAACAUUAAUAUCAGAAUUAGAAGAAAUUCAAAGAUUGCAAAAGAAAGAAUAUUGUAAUUUUGUUUUAAAAUUAUAUGAAGCGCAUCAACGUUUGUUAACGGAACAACAAUGUAAUACAAUGGAUGUUAAUUUGGUAUUCAGAUUAGAUGGUAGAGAAAUUGUAUCAGAGGUUAUAAAUGAAAUGAAAAGAGAAGAAAAAGAAAAUCAAACUGAUAAAUUAUCAAAAGAAUUAUUAAAGUUAGAAAACAAAUCUACAAAUGGUAGUAAAUCUGCUGGAAAUAGAAGUAGGGCUGGAAGUAUUAGUAGUUUAGCUGAUGUUGUAUGUUCACCUACUUUAUCUCCUAUCAAUAUGAAUAAUUUUGAUGAAAAGUUAACGGGUAAUGGUAAUGAAAAUAUUAAUGAAUAUGAUUCACUUUCAAUAGAGAAGAUAAAAGAACUUGGCCUUGGCUUUACAGUCGAUCAAGCUAAAACAGCUCUCGAGAUGACCAAUCGAAACUUGGAACAAGCGUUGGAAUUAUUAAUUGAAAAUCUAGAUAAAGUAAAUGCACAAAUAGCAAAUGGAACAAGUAUACCUCCAAUUCCACGACGUUCUUCAACUCCAAUUAUUAGUCAAACACAACAACAAUCUUUACGUCGUACCAAAUCAAGCGGUAGACAAUUGCAGAUAACAGCACACCAAAAUCAAAAACAAGAGAAAAAAGGUUGGACACCAAUGAUGUUUCUUCAACAAAAAAAUAUGACGACCCAAUCACAAAAUUCUUCCGUUAAAAAAUUAAGUGUAUGGUUUAAUCGAGCUAUGGAAAAUUUUGGGUUUGAAGAAGGCAAUGGAAAUGGGAAUAAUAUUAUGGAUGAUUCUCGUUUAGUUGAAUCGUUUACAAUAUCGUUAGGAAAUCAAGUUAAAGUUACUCAUAAUCUUAGAUUAUUAGUUUCUGAUAUGGAUGAAUUACUUGAAUAUUCUAAUGAACCUACUCGUAAUAUGGCUUAUAUAGCUCAAACUGCUGCUAAUUUAUAUUCUCAAGAUUUAACCGCUAUCAUUUUGUUAUUAACUCCAAGAGAUUGGCCUAAAUAUAAAUUAGGAAAAAGUGCCAAUAAAAAAUUUUUUGAGAGAUGUAAUGAAACUACGGAGUUUCAUUUUGAUAAGGUUGAAACUCAAUUAGAAGCUAUUGAAAAUGAUUAUCCUAUUGAUAGUUCUUCUUUAAAAGAAGGUGAUUUCUUUAUUACGAGACAUUCCAACUUACCUUUAGUUCAUGUAGUAUUUCAUUUGGUGAUUGAUUUUGAAUCAAUUCAAAAAUCAGAAUUAACAUAUCGUUCACGUGUAAUAGAUGGAUUACGUAAUAUAUUAAGAACAGUAAACAGAUUUGAUAUUUCGACAAUAUCACUACCAUUUUUAAUGUUACCGUCAGAUGUUGAUGUAUUUUCCGAUCCAAAUUUAGAUGAAAAAUUACUUUAUCGUAGAGGUGAAUUAGUAUUAAAAUGUACCAAAGGUUUUAUGAUUGAAAAUAGUAGAUUACCUAAACAUGUUACCGCAAAAGAAAAUGAUGCUAAAACUGUUUCAUUUUUAUUACCUAAAACUGCUAAUGAACAACAAUUUCAUGAAUUUAGACAUUUAUUAACGAUGAUUUUUAGAGCAAGUUAAAAAGAAUGUAAAUUAGGAAAGUAAAGAAAAAAGGGAAAAAAGAAAGAAAAAAGAGGAG